AUGUGCGGAAUAACAGCAACCGUCACCCUUGGUCGGGAUGGUGUGGCGCAUGCCACAAACGGUAUCAACGGCGCCAACGGGGCCGCUAGCCUGAACGGUCACGUCCAAGUUGGGCCCGGAAAACACGGCCAACUUCGCAGCCAGCUGGAGCAAAGCCUCGAGACCAUCGCCCACAGGGGGCCUGACGCCUCGGGAGUCUGCAGCAGCCUGCCUAGACCAGCCCCUAAACAUCAGCUUCUUCUUCAACCCGCCCCCCUAGGCCUGGGCCACAGGCGACUCGCCAUCAACGACCUGACUCCGGACGGCGUGCAGCCCAUGCACAGCGACGACGGCAAAAUCCACGCCGUCGUCAACGGCGAGAUCUACGAUCACGACGCCAUCAGGGAGCGGUGCAUCAAGGAGCAUGGCUACAAGUUCAAGGGCCACUGCGACAGCGAGGUGCUUAUUGCGCUUUACAAGAUUCAUGGCGCACCCGAAUUCAUGCAGCGCCUGCGAGGUGAGUUCGCCUUUGUCAUUUAUGACGAGAGGGACGGGCGAGUCAUUGCCGCCAGGGACCGGUUCGGCAUCAAACCCAUGUUUUGGACCAUACAGGGGGAUGGCGCCGGCAGGCGGUUGCUGUUCAGCUCGGAGAUGAAGGGCUUCCUGGCUCUUGGCUGGCAGCCGGAAUGGAACGUCUAUGGCCUGAUUACUUCGUCAUCUCUCCAGGACGAUAAGACGGUAUUUAAGGAUGUUUGGAACAUCAAUCCCGGUGCCUGGAUGGAGAUAUCCAAAGAUGGCCAGAUUCGACACCACCAGUAUUGGGACGCGAAUUAUAAAGACAAGCACGAGGUAGAGACCCGACCUCUGGAACAAAUAAUUCCAGAGGUCCGAAGGCACCUGGUAGAGGCGACCAGGCUCCGCCUCCGCGCCGAUGUCCCCGUGGGCAUUUACCUUUCCGGGGGUAUUGAUUCGUCGACCGUUGCUGGAAUAGUGACGCACCUCGUCCGCGAAGAAGGGGUCCGGCUCGGGAACCAGGAUGCGACGAGACGAAUCAAAUGCUUCACGAUUCAGUUCGGUGAAUCCUCGGGCUUCAAUGAGGCCGGUGAGCACUCCUCAUAUAUCGCCGAGCGCACGGCGGAGUGGCUGGGAGUCGAGAUCAUCAAGAAGGACAUGAACGAGGCCGAGUUGGCAAAGCAUUUCGCAGAUGCCAUUUACCACUGCGAGCAUCACCACUUUGACCUGAACACGGUCGGCAAGUUCUGUCUGUCCGCGCUACCCAGAGAGCACGGCGUACCUGUCGUGCUCACCGGCGAGGGUGCAGACGAGCAGUUUGCCGGCUACCCUUUCCUCCUGCAGGACUUUCUCUUGGAGCCGGAUCCCGCAUGGCCGGCCUCGGCGCUCAACAAGGCCGAUGAAAUUCGUCUGGGCAUGCACCGGGAACUGGUAAACGACGUCGAAAAGACGAUGAAUUACAUCGGCAUGUUUGACCACGGCUGGAAAGGCAAGCCGGAGCGUGGACUUUCAGUCGGAUGGGGAGGGCUCAAGCUCCACCCAAAGGCGGACUUGUUUGCGCCGUGGGUCAGGGAGAGGUGGGGACAUAUUGACAUCCGAGACUCGGUGGCCACGUCCAUCCCUCCCGACGUCAAGGCCAAGAUGGACCACAGCUGGCACCCGCUGCACACGUCCCUCUGGCUCUACACCAAGCUGGCGCUCCCAAACAUGAUCCUGACCUGCCUGGGCGACCGCGCCGAGAUGGCCCACAGCAUCGAGGCCCGGCCGCCUUUUCUGGACCACAACCUGGCCGAAUACGUCAAUUCGCUGCCCCCGAGCUUGAAGAUUGCAUACAGCCACGCCGAGGGUGAAGCCGUGGGCACCGGGUCGAGCAUGUGGUGGCAGGACCUGAGCGCGGCGCGGCAGUCGCUGAGCGAGAAGUGGAUCCUCAAAGAGGCCGCAAGGCCAUUUAUCACGCAGGAGCUGUACGAGCGGCGCAAGCAUCCCUACACCGCUCCUAUCAAAUGGCCGCGCGAUGGGCCGGUAAAUCAUCUGAUGAAAAGCCUCAUCACGCACGAGACCAUCGAGAACCUGGGAUUCAUCGAGUGGGAGGACGCACGAGCCUGGCUGGAAACGGCCUUUGGGGAUGAUGCCGAUUCGACAUCAUUUAGAAGGCUUGUCAUCGUUGCGUCCUGGGUCGUCUUAAGCCAGAGGUUUGGGGUGAGGAAAGCUUCCAAGGAGGACUGGACCAACUGA